GGCGGAUAAGAGAGGUGAAGCACCGCAGGAGGUGUCAGGCUCACCAUGCGGGGCUGCCAGCUGCGGUGCCUGCGCGCCUCACACGCGGCGGACGUCCGUUUCUCAUGUUGGUGCUCGGAGCGUCACUAAGCGGACCAUGCGGCUGUUCACCGUCUCAACUUUGCUCCUGCUGGUCUCCGGCGCAGGGCUUGCUCUGCAGAUUCAGUGCUACCAGUGUGAGGAGAUGACACACGACUGCUCCACGCCAGAGUUCAUCGUCAACUGCACCGUGAACGUGCAGGACAUGUGCCAGAAGGAGGUCCUGGUGAAGGACGACGGGAUACACUACCGCAAGUCCUGCGCCUCGUCAGGAGCCUGCCUCAUCGCUUCUUCUGGCUACCAGCAGUUCUGCACCGGCAAGCUCAACUCAGUGUGCAUCACCUGCUGCAACACGCCGCUGUGUAAUGGACCACGGCAGAAGAAACGACCCCCGCCGUCUGCGGCCAUCGCCCUGACCACGCCGCCGCUCCCUCUGCUUCCCCUCUACGCCCUCCUCCCCGUCCUCCUCCCGUUCUCCACCGCGUGUUGACAGAACCUCGCACACUGAGUUAAGAUGCGGGUUUGAAAAAAUGCCGCGCUGCUGACGGUGGAGAUGACUCGAACCGUGUUAACCGAGACGGUGACAAACACAUGUAUGUUCUUUAAGGCGUGUGGAAGCUUUGCACAGUGUUUGUUCUCCCUGGCUUUCUGUUUCUGCUUGCCUCCAAGAAAAAACAAAAAACAAACAAAAAACACACACACAGCUGGGAAGAUUUUAUUGUCACAUCUGCCGUGUCACAAACAUGAUGGUGGUGCAGCUACACGGGGAGCUGCUGGGGAAGGUGACGUGGAGGACACGGUGCCGCAGAUGAAUCAGCCUCUGGUUAUUUUGUUGGACAGCAGGAGGCUCAUUCUCAUCUGUCUUCACUCACACUACAAGGUCAAAUGAGACGUGUUGCAGUUAUAGUUUGUUCAGAUUCAUCACUCAUUUUCUGAGCCUCCAGAAUAAAUGAACUCUGUGAUUUCAUCCCAA